GUGCGUGCUAAUUUUUUCACACGUGCUGGUCGGUUUUUUACGGUUUCUUGUGUGAAAGUGGUUCAUAAUUGGCAUAAAAAUAAGUUUUUUUUACUUGCUACUUAAAAUUACAAAGUUCAUCCAACAGACUUUUUGCGUAGAUUUCAAAUUACAAUGUCUGUUUUGCUUGGGUCAGUCUUUCCUAACUUCACUGCUCAAACAACUAUUGGUGAAAUAAAGUUUCAUGAAUGGCUCAAUGGCUCAUGGGGAAUCUUGUUCUCACACCCAAAAGAUUACACUCCAGUGUGCACCACUGAGUUAGGCAGAGUGGUCCAACUAGCUGAUGAAUUUAAGAAGAGGAGUGUCAAACUGAUUGCACUGUCUUGUGAUUCAGUUGAAGAUCACAAAGGAUGGUCUAAAGACAUAAUGAGUUAUAUUGAAAUGCCUGGAAACCUGCCGUAUCCAAUCAUCGCCGAUGAAAGCAGGAAGCUGGCCAAUGAGUUAGGCAUGAUUGAUCCUGACGAAAUUGACAACAAAGGAAUUCCACUGACUGCCAGAGCUGUGUUCAUCAUUGGACCAGAUACUAAACUGAAACUUUCAAUCAUUUAUCCAGCUACAACCGGAAGAAAUUUUGAUGAAAUUCUGCGAGUUGUUGAUUCACUGCAGUUGACGGCAGCCAAACCUGUAGCCACACCUGUCGAUUGGAAGCCUGGUCAGCCGUGUAUGGUUCAACCAGGUUUAUCCCAAGAAGAUGCAAAAGCGAAAUUUCCAGAUGUCCAAGUUAAAAAGGUGCCAUCUGGAAAGGAGUACCUAAGGACCACCUCUCAGUACUAACAUCUAGCUAAUCUCAACAACGAAAUAUAACGAAAAUGAUUAUGAAUAUACAUUUGUUGACAUUAGCUACAUGUACAUGUAUGAACGUCAUGUGCACAUGUUUUAUUGGGUUCACAUUCCAGUUAAUAUUAUCUUGUUAACGAUGUUGUAUUCUGGUGAUAUUGCUUAUAUACUUUUUUAAUGUUUUAAUAGUGAUAAAACAAAAAAAUUCACUAAUUCAUAAUAUUGUUAUUUUGUUAAAAAGUAGUCUUACAUAUCAAAAAUGAGCACAAAUUGUUCAUAAUCCCACUUCAUUAAUAUCUGCUUUUUCUUUAUUUCAUGACUAAUACAAUUUUUUUCCUACAACAAAAUAUUAAAAAUAUCAAAAUUGAAUAAAAA